AGGGAGCAUUGAGGUAGGGGUGGGGGCGUCAGAGGCUGGAGAAAGAGGCACCUGGAGGAGGACACAGGCUCCUCCAGGCGGGACCCUAACAGCAGCCAGAGGAGCGUGGUGGGUGGGUCACCACCACCAUUUCAGAGGUGGGGAGAGCUGGCCUUCCUUGGAGGGGCCAGGCCAGGGCUCAUCCACCAGCCAGAUGUGGAGGGUGGCAGAUGGGAAAGGCCCUGGGUGGGCGCUAAGAACUGAGAAUGGAGCCCCUCUUCAACCCCUCCCAAAGGUUAUGACAUUUUUUUCUGGGAUUGUCACAUUUUCUUAUUCUUUUUUUGGACUGGGCAGGCUCUGGGACGUUCUUUUUCCUUCUGUGGAGCAAAGCAGCAGCCACUCCCAAGGGAGCCUCUAUCCCCAGAGACCAGACGUGCCGCCUGUCCAGCCUCUCCCAUCCCAGACUUGGGGGCCAAAGCCUGGGAGGCUGGGGAAGGGGGGUCCCCAAUCCCAGGAUGACAAGCAGGAGGACCCUAGUUGAGACUCUGUAUCCUCCAGGAGAGAAGGGGGUGUAGCCUGGGGACAUGGGUUGCCCCAGCUGACCUGAGAAGGGUACAGGAAGCCCAGUCCAGGGACAGGUGACCCGGUCCAGGGCCUGAAGAUGGGAAAGAAGGGGCUGGCUCCCUCCUCUGCAGCAAAUGCAGCCCCUAGCACCCCGGCCUGGCACCCCUAAACACGUCCCCUCCUCCAGUUCAGAGCUGGGGUGGACAUGGUAGCCCAGGAGGGACAGUCUCCGGGGUGCUAGAGUGUGGGGGAGGACCCUGGGUGGGGGCAGAGAGGAGGAAGAACUGCUGCCUGGGGAAGUCACAGACAGCCCCGUCUGGGCACAGCUACCAAACCUCAGGUUGCCACGCCCCUUCCUUUCCCUAGAAACUUGACCCCUGAAAGCAAGCCCAGCUGCGGGGCCACCUUCUGUCUCCUCAUCUACUUGCUAGGAACCUGUGGGACCCACAGUCUCAGAGGAAGCUGGGCAGGCGGUGAGGGGCCGAGGUCCCGGGGGAUGCUGCACCUGCCCCAGACUUGGCCUCUGCAUGCCCAGGCCUCAGGGGUAUUGGGGGCCCUGAGAGUGCAGAACUCCAGCACUGUCUCCUCUGAGCGCCAUUCACACACCGUCCCAGAAGGCCAAGAGAGACCAACCAGACAGAAACAAGCAUUCAAAGGCCACAAGCUAAGGGAGGCGUGGCGGGGGGGGAUGAAGAUUGAGAAAAUAAAGUAGAACCAAGUUGUGAGCUUCCUGGCCAGGGAGGAGGGUGGUGGACAUGCAUGGAGGCCCAGAGGGCAGAGGUGGGCGCAGGUGUUCACAACUGCCUCCGGGGCACUGAUUGGCCCCCCUGUGCCAUUGCCCAAGGAGACCUGGGGUUCAAAGUGAUAUCUUAGGUGGCACGAGGGCCACCCACAGCUUUGGCGCUCCUGGUGCACCUCCCCUGCCGAUGGUGCAACCAAACGCUGGGAGGUACACGCACCACACCACACCCCUCAGGGACUCUGAGGCUUUGACUGGGGAGGAGGGUGCCUCCACCCACUGCCACCCCCACUUCCCUGGCUGGCGCACUCUGUGGUACGGCCUUGGUUCCACAGCGGUUUCACAGCCUAGAGGCAGUGGGCAAGGAGGGAGGGAAGUCUUGGGAGGGAGGUAGCAGGACCAAAGAACCAUGUUUGGGGGGCACGUCCCUCCUCACCAGGGCCCUGCCCCCCUCCCCACACCCUCAGAGAGUCCAGCCCUGAGUCCCACUUAAAACCUCACUGCGGCAGGUCUAACCUGCUGCCCCUGGCUGAGACCUCUGGGACCCGCAGACAGACCUGGACUCUUGGUGGGAGCCGCUCUGCCCACUCCCCACCCCAGACGCCCUAGAAGCAAGUCUGGCCACCACCCGCACGCACAGUUGGUAGCCCCAGACUCUUGGGGCCCCUUUGGGAGGGGCUGGGAGCCGGAAACCGAGAAAGAGGAACCCAGGCUUCCGGCUUCCCAGGGAGUGAGCGGAUGGGGGUGUCUCGGAACCUUCUGUGGGGGCCUCAUCUGGGGCCCAGCCUGGGAGGAGGGGCCAGAAGUUGCUGCAGCCCCCUCCUCAAUGACCCUAGACCCCCUCCCAGCCCUGCUACCCCCAGGCUGUGGUGAGGGUCUGAGAGCUGGCACCACGGAGCCUGGGCAACCUCCUCCACCCACCCAUGCCCACCCCGCAUGAGGCUGAGAAGCAGAACACAGGGCCAGAGGAGGCGGACCGGCCCCCUUCAAUGUCCAGUCAUGAUGCAGCCCCUCCCGCAGCCCCCAGCCGUAACCCCUGCUGCCUAUGCUGGUGCUGCUGCUGUAGCUGCUCCUGGAACCAAGAGCGGCGGCGCGCGUGGCAGGCCUCCCGGGAGAGCAAGCUGCAGCCCCUCCCCAGCUGUGAAGUAUGUGCCACGCCAAGUCCUGAGGAGGUGCAGAGCUGGGCCCAGUCUUUUGACAAGCUGAUGCACAGCCCGGCGGGACGCAGCGUGUUCCGGGCGUUCCUGCGGACAGAGUACAGCGAGGAGAACAUGCUCUUCUGGCUGGCCUGUGAGGAGCUGAAGGCCGAGGCCAACCAGCACGUGGUGGACGAGAAGGCGAGGCUCAUCUACGAGGACUACGUGUCCAUCCUGUCCCCCAAGGAGGUGAGCCUGGACUCCCGUGUGCGGGAGGGCAUCAACAAGAAGAUGCAGGAGCCGUCCGCACACACGUUUGACGACGCACAGCUGCAGAUCUACACACUCAUGCACCGGGACUCCUACCCACGCUUUCUCAGCUCUCCCACCUACCGUGCCCUGCUGCUGCAGGGGCCGUCACAGUCCUCCUCCGAGGCCUAGGCCGCCCCCAGCAGCACAGACCCCACCGCCUCCUAUGGCCGACUCUGGGUUGCCUUCAGGUGUUGGCUGUCGGGGCACACACCUGCGGGCCCAGCCUGGCCGGCUGGGGUCCCCAGCCGUGGAGACGGUCCUAGACCCAGUGGGGAGUGCUGUGCCUCCUGGCUCUGCCCACCCGUGGCCAAGCAGGAACUCCAGGUGCAGGGUGGGCCAGAAGCCUUCUCAUCGGCCCACAGCUGGCUGGCCCAGGGCUCCUGGUGGGGGCUCUUGCAUGGUGAGAGUAGGGGCCCCCCCAGGAGCCAUGCUGGACCCAGGAGCCUCGUUGGGGCCUCUUCCCCAGGCAGCUGACGGGCCCCGGACAAGCCUUGGUGGGGAGCAGAACCUCUGCAUCAUGUAGUUCUAUGACAUAAGGAGACCUCCUACUUGAGCUGUCUGUACCCCAGAAUCAAACCCAGAACCUCAGAACCAGAUGUAGGACCUCAGAAUCCUGCACUCAAGGUGGCAGGACCCAAUUUCUGUUUUAUAUGUUCAUGAACUUUAAACCUGGAAACAUAUCCUUACUAGGUGUUUUAUCAAAAAAAAAGUUUUCAUAUUUAUCUCUAUCCCUAACCCCCCAAAAAUAGGAUGUCUUAUUAUUGAAGAUAUUUUUAAAGCACAA